AUGGCACCAACCACACGUUCCAAAACCACAAGUUCCAAAACCACAAAGACCCCUGUCAGCAAGACUCGUACAACCAAGUCUUCCAAACCGGUGAACAAGGCUGCAGUAGAGGCUUAUGCCACAAAAGCAAAGGCUUAUGCCACAAAAGCAAAGGAAGCCGCGUCCACCUUGGAGGGCGAGCUUGAGGGGACCUCGGACGGCUUGCAGAAAGCCGUCUGGGCCCUGAAGGCACGUGCAGACGAGCUUGAGGCCGAGUUGAGUGCGGUAAAACAAGAGCCUGGAGAGGCCAUGCCGGUUGAUGAAGACCCCGAAUGGGGAGAAGAUGCGCCGAGUGAAGCAGAAGACGAAGCUCUCUUCGUCUCUCGAACGGCUGUGCCCAUCAUCGUCACAGAUGAUCCGCUUGAGGAUCCGUGCGACCUAGUAACGUCUGACAAUUUUGGGCACCGUGCUGCGGAUGACGAGGAAGGAGACGUCACCAAAUACGGCUAUCUCCGGGGGCGCGGAUUCAAUCGAUACCACGAUGUCGUCGGCCGCGGACCACCCAACGCCGAGAAGCUGGAGCUCUUGCCGUCUUACGGG